AGAUAAAGACCAUCGACUUCCACUUCCAGUCCAACAACACAGCCCAUCACAGCGCUGAGAUCUCAACCAAGCAGCUGAUUGUGAGGCGGGGCCAGUCCUUCCUGCUGACGCUGACCAUGAUGCAACCUUUCAACGCCAGUGACCCGCUCGUCCUCACCGUGGAGACGGGUUCUCAUCCAUCAGAGGAGCGCGGUACUCGCUCCAGGUUUGGGAACCCAUCGCCCAUGUACUCCAGAGACGUCAAGGCCAUAUGGAAGUACAGUAUCGAUGGGAGCGCCAACCUGCCGCGGGGCAUCGUGACGCUGUCUGUGACUCCGCCUGCUGACGCUCCUGUAGGGAAGUACUCGCUGUCUGCACAGACCGAGAUGAAAAGCGUCGCACUGGGAACCUUGGUGGUGCUCUUCAACCCCUGGUGCUCAGAUGACUGGGUUUAUCUUCCUGAUGAAAAAGAAAGAGAAGAAUAUGUGAUGAACGAACAAGGAAUCAUCUACGUAGGAACGGCAGAUUGGCCGAUGCCAAGGGACUGGAUCUUCGGACAGUUUGAGGAGGACAUGGUGGACAUUUGUUUCAAGUUGCUGGACGUCAACCCAAAGCACACGAAAGACCCAGCCGAUGACGUCUCUGCUCGCUGUAACCCCAUCUACGUUAGCCGUGUGAUCAGCGCCAUGAUCAACUGUAACGAUGGUGAUCGUGGAGUGUUGAUGGGAAAGUGGGGUGAAGAUUAUAAUGAUGGAGAAAGGCCCAACUCCUGGCUCGGCAGCGUCCGCAUCCUUCGGAAGUGGUACAAAGCAAACUGUCACCACGUCAAGUACGGACAGUGCUGGGUGUUCGCUGGUGUGAUGUGCACAGUGAUGCGGUUCCUUGGCAUCCCCUGCCGCGUGGUCACCAACUUCGAGUCGGCUCACGACAAAAACAAUAAUCUCACUAUCGAUAAGUUUUAUGACGUACAAGGAGCACAGUCUGAGGAGUCCGACAGCGUCUGGAACUUCCAUGUGUGGGUGGAGGGAUGGAUGAAGCGACCAGACCUCAAGAAAGGUGACAUCUAUGACGGUUGGCAGGUCUUGGAUCCAACACCACAGGAAUUGAGUGACGGACGACACUGCUGCGGUCCAGCCCCGGUCAACGCCAUCCUCCGAGGUGAAACUAACCUCAAGUACGAUGUGCCGUUUGUCUUUGCUGAGGUCAACGCUGACAUUGUCAAAUGGAUGGUCAAUGCUAAUGGUUCUAAGUGGAAGAUGCACUCCGACACCACGCAAGUGGGUCAGAACAUCUCAACCAAAGCUGUUGGCUACAGCUUGAGAACUGAUCUCACAAAUGUCUACAAACACAGAGAAGGUCAGUUUCUCACAGUACAACCUGACAGAAGAACAUCACGCGAAACAC